ACAGAUUUGUUUAGGUUAAUAAGUCGAAAUGAGUAAAAUUUCGAAGCUGUUUAAAGGAACGGGGAGUUCCUCCAGUUCCAAAUCUCGCUCGAGCUCCAGAAGUAAACAACGCUCGCACGCGGCACCGUCCCCUCAGGAGGCCAUCCACAGACUGCGCGAGACCGAGGAGAUGCUCACCAAAAAACAGAACUACCUGGAGAGGAAAAUAGAACAUGAACUCAUGACUGCCAAGAAACAUGGAACUAAAAACAAAACAGCUGCACUUCAGGCCCUGAAGAGAAAGAAGCGGCUCGAGCAGCAGCUGACUCAGAUAGACGGGACUCUGUCUACCAUCGAGUUCCAACGGGAGGCACUGGAGAAUGCCAACACUAACACAGAGGUCCUGAACAACAUGAGCUACGCUGCUAAAGCUAUCAAAGGAGUCCAUAAGAAUAUAGAUCUGGAUAAUAUUGACACUCUCAUGGCAGACAUCACAGAGCAACAGCAAAUAGCUCAAGAGAUCAGCGAAGCCAUCUCGAUGCCUUAUGGUGAUCAGUAUGAUGAGGAUGAGUUGUUGGCAGAGCUGAAUGAGUUGGAGCUGGAAGAAUUUGAGGAUACGGCCAGACUACCAAGUGUACCAACGUCUAAACUACCCAGCACGAGACCUAGCAAGGGUACAGUGUCCAAAAAGAAGGUGGAGGAUGAAGAUGACAUGCAGAUGUUAGCAGCCUGGGCUACCUAGUCAUCACAAACUUCUGGUUUCAACACCCCACAUUACCAAGAAUACAUUUACUGACCUAAAUGAAACUUAAUAGGCAUAAUACAAUUUCUUUUGAUUUUCUUUUACAUAUUUUUAGGUUUUUAGACUUUUACACGUAGCAUACCUUUUGUAAAAAUUGUAUUGGUUAGAUGAAGGAUUGUAGAGAUUAGCUUGUACAGAAUAAUUGUUAAUGAAGGGUUAUAUUAAUUAUAGGCCUGUAAAUAUCAGAAACUUGUGCACAAAUUAAAUUAUUUUAAUAGAAUGCUUUAAAAUGGUAGAUAAGACAUUUCAUAUAUGCAGGUUUUAGCCUUAAUAUAUUGUGUAAAACAGCUAGUAAAGUAUAAACAUACUUUACAACAACCUCUGUUUAAAAAUAUAUUUAGUUUUAGUUAUUAGUGAAAACAUUUUCUUAUUGCCUGUAUUAUAUUUGUCUUUAAUCUUCACAUCACAACAGUUAAUAAGGUAAAACAUAAAAAAUAUAUAAUUUCUUUGUGUUAUUUUAAUGAAAUACCUUUAAAAAUAACUGCUUUUGGUUUUAAUUUGCAUGUUACCUUUUUGAAAUUGUUUUUGUAUUAUAAAAAUUA